AUGGACCCUGAAUUCUUAGACUCACAAUCAGAUGAAUCAUCCGACGACUCGUACGAUCCCAGUUACAAUCCAAAGCUAGGGAGCGGAUUUUUAUCUGUCACUAAAAUUAGUGAGAAAAUGAGAAAAUCGCAAUUAAAAGAGCGUCGACUCAGGAAGCAAUCCAAAGUAUCAAAAUGUGCAAAGAAACUCAAGAGAAAGGUGCCAACCAGACAAAUCGUUACAAAUAAACCAGAAAAUCUAUAUAAAGAACAUCGUCAGGGUCCAAAUACAAGAAGCAAUGAGUUGUCAAAUCAGGAAAGCCUUCCAAUCGUGGGAACUUACAGCCAAAAUAUGAGCGAGACCACUGUGGAGCCCUUAUUUCAAGCAUCCAAGGAUUUGCAUAUUGACGCUUCCGAUGCAAUGGACACAAACGAAGACAUGUCUACUUUUGCCAGCGAAGAAAUCAACGUAACUUUAGGAUCAGAUGAAGAGAAAAAACAAAAUAGUACUGGACGGGGUGAUACCGACAGUGGUACUUCAAAUGCUAACAUCAUCGGAAUCGAUUUUGAGAAAGAAGGGCAUCAAAAUUCAAAUAGUGCAUCAGUAGCGAAACCUAUCCAUAAAGUUAUAUUCUCUCCGGCCAUAAUGCCACCUGAACACCCUACCAGUGUUGUAAUACCGCAAAACAAGUACUACCGAAUCAUUCGAAUCAGUUGUUGA